UCACUGUUGUUGCAAUCUCCAUUGAAUCGAUAAUCUGUACAGUCAUAUAGCAUGCUCCCUGCAUGCUGCUAUUCCCAUUGUAUACAGGCUUAUUAUAACCUGGGUGUUUAGAGAAGGCAAGGAUGUAACAGUGGUCCAGCAUACAUCGUUAUUCCACCCAGAAGAUACAACAUUAACAAUGGCUACCCGCUCAGUCCAACAGGACAGUCAGAGACUGGAUAUGUCCAACAUGACGCUAGAGGAUGACGACAAGAACCUUCUGUUCUGGGCCGCAGCAGCAGGAGACACACCCAGGGUGCAAGACUGUCUCUCAAAGAAGAAAUGUAACAUUGAUAGACGUGUGCUCAAAGGAAGAACAGCCGUGAUGGAGGCAGCUGUUCGAGGCAAGCAGACGACAUUUGAGCUGUUGGUGACAGCAGGCGCAGAUUUAACCUUGGUUGAUGAUGAGGGUGAUUCUUGUUUAAUUUUGGCUGCUGAGGGUAAAAACAGAUCCAUAGUUCAAAACUUGCUGAAACAAGAUAAGGUGAAUGUUAACAGCAGAGGUUCUGAAAACAGAACUGCAGUGAUGGAGGCGGCCAUAGUUGGUGACUUUGAGAUUUAUGAUGAUUUGGUUUCUGCAGGAGCAGACAUUUUGCUCUGUGACAGCAAUGGCAACAUGUGUCUACAUCUGGCAGCCCAAAGUGGGAGUGCAAAAAUAGUUGAAAAUUCACUCCAGAAAAAAAUUGACAUUAAUAAACGGGGUCAAGUUGGGCAGACGCCAGUAAUGAUGGCUACCUUUGCAGCAAAGAAGAAUGUGUUCGACUUGUUGGUUACCAAGGGAGCAGAUGUAUCACUCGUGGAUGCGAACAACAAUGGCUGCCUCAUGAUGGCAGUAUUUUCUGGAGAUGCAGCAAUGUUGAAAAGGGUUUUAGGGAUGGGGAAGUUUGAGAUAAACAAAGCCGGAGAGAAGAGGAUGACUCCUGCCAUGAUGGCAGCAUUGCUUGGCAACAAAGAAUCUUUUGAUCUGUUGUUAGCUGCUGGAGCAGAUCUAAAACUACAGAAUGAAUUCGGGAAUGAUUUCUUAUUCUGGGGAGCCAGCGGUGGCAAUUCGAAAAUUGUCAAAUAUUUGUUAUCACUGAAACUGUUUGAUGUAAACCGGCAACAGGAACAUGGAUUAUCUCCCUUACAUAUAGCAAUCACUAAAGGUCACAAAGAAGUGUUUGACAUUUUGGUGUCUGAAAAAGGGGAUGUUAACAGUCGUAACGACCAACUUUACAACAGUCUGAUGAUAGCCUCCGAUACUGGACAUGCCAAUAUUGUAAGAAAACUGAUCUCAAUGAACAAGAUCAGUCUGAAUGAUCGGGAAGAGAACGGAUGGACAGCUGUAAUGAUUGCAGCCAAAUGUGGCCAUAUUGAAGUCUUUGAUGUCCUAGUAUCAUCUGGAGCCGAUGCCUCUCUCGUGGACAAGGACAGUAAUGACUGCCUGAUGCUGGCGUGUAUCUACGGUCAAGCGGUGAUGGUGAGGCAUCUGUUGUCCAUGACCAUGUACAACAUCAACCGCAGAGGAAUCUACGGCUGGACUCCUGUCAUGGCAGCCAUCAACGAGGGUCAUCCAGACGUGUUUGAGGUGCUGGUGGAGUCUGGGGCAGACAUGACCCUCCUGGACGAGAGAGGCAGCAAUUGCCUCAUCCUGGCCUGUAUGGGAGGGAAUGUAACCAUCGUACAGCAACUGUUGUCCAUGAAGGUGUUUGACUUGGAGUAUAAAGGUCUUGACGACAGCGCUGUUACUGCAGCUGCGCGGGAGGGGCAGACGGACGUUGUUCAGCUGCUCAUCGACGAAGGGGUCACGAUAGACUUGUGAUCAGUGAAUAGAGCCAUGGUUAAAGUCCAGUUGAAAAUGCUGGCUGAUACAAGAAGUUGAGAAGACUCAGGCCCAUCUGACUGAAGUCAGUUUGUCUCUCAUGUGAAGCAGUGGUCUAACUUUAUGAUGCCGCACCUUGCUGUGCAGAGUUGCUUCCCUUAGUUGCUAGGAUUCACUUGCCAGGAUUCACUUUCCAUGGGUUCAAGACCCAAAUUUACCUGAUAACUGGUCUAUCACCAGACCCGUCUGUUUCAGGGUAGCAGAAAUGCUGAGCGGGGAUUCGACAGUUCAGAUAAGACCCUGCUCAGCUAUAGGAGAGGAGGAUUUUGUAUCGCACAGUCACUAUAUUUGGAGGUGAAUAGCUUGGAUGCAGUGAUUGAAUUUAUUAGCAUCAAGAGCUUCACUGAGUACAAUGGACAGCACCAUCUUGGAUACAGCAUUACAUGCAAGUAAUGUUAGCGACUGAUCACCUCGAUAUCUGUAAUGUGAUAAACGUUCUUGAACUGCAUCACUUCGGGCUUUUCUCCCCAAACAAACUGAUACACUGUUUAAAGUGUUCAACCACAACACACUCACUCAUUCUUGAAAACCACAGUUGAUGAAACGCACUUUGAUGAUAUAGCCUUAAAGAAGAACAAAAUCAACAAAGUAACUAUUUGGGAAUCAACACAUUCUUCAGAACUCUGGAGACAAAAGUAGCAAUGGAAAUUACGCUACAAAAUGUUCUUGUCUUCAAAGGUUCCAUGCAGAAACCUGGUUUCUAUGGAAGACGUUGGAUGAUCUCGUUGGAUGGUGCAUUAAUUGGUGCAGUAUAUCAGCCAAAUACUCAUGAAACAAGACAUUCUGUUUUGUUGUAGAAUAUAUGUUUAGAUAUAUUUAUGCUCAUAUUAGACUGUUUUGUUGCAACUUUGUAAAGUGCUUACAUAUAGUAUAUCUAGUCAUCCUUAUUAUAGUUUACCCCUCAACAAGGGAGGUUACUCUUGACUACUGAUUGAACAUUGUCUCUGAACAUACAGGGAAUUCCAAAAAUAGUGAAUUCCAAAAGAAUAUUAUAAGAUCAGUUUCUUACCCAAUAUCAAUUCUUUCAAUUAACAGAAACAACUCAAUCAUUUGAGGAUUAAAUUUAAAGUUGCUGCAGACAGUUCCACUGUUACCAUGGUUACAUCCAACAAUCACUGGAGGUAAAGAUGACCACAAAUACAAACAUUACCGCAGUCGACAAGAAACAAGAUGGAUGGAUGUGACGCUUAAUUUAAUUUUUUCUCCUAUCAAGCAAUACAAUUUCAAAUAUAACCCAUUCAGCAUUAGUUAGGUGACCUGCAUCUGUAAUUAUUCAGGUUAUUCUGCACACAUUCAAACUUUUUUACUGAGCAUUACUCAUACAAUCUGAGCGUAUUCAUAAAUAUUCUGUGGGCAUUUUACAUAUCUUUUAGAAUAAAUAGCUUGGCUUGACUAGGUAGACAGCAAGUAUAAUUUACACGACAUUUGAAAAAUAUUCAUGUUCAAGCUAAAAUCAAAAGCAAACAUCCGAUAUUUGCAGGAGGACAAAAAAACAUGGAUGUGCACGGAUCAUUUGUAGUCAGACCCCAGACAUUGGUGAAGGGCUUGACUCUGUGACUGCAACAUAUCUCAAUUCACUUGAUUAACACAAAUCCCAAACCAAAUAUAAUGCACUCACCUGCUUCAUCGACUCCGAGCGACACAACCAGCUUGGACAGGAUGUGUUGGGAGCUGGGAUUGUUGAGUAUUUUACUGCAGCCAUCUUCAGCUAUGCACAAUCUGUAGGGAGACACAACAACACAAUCUGUAGGGAGACACAACAACACAAUCUGUAGGGAGACACAACACAAUCCAUUUCAUAAAUCUUUUAACUAAAAGCCUAGGCAAGUCUAGAUCAAACCAAGUCCAGUUUCCUUGAUACAUGAAAACAUCAGAAGAGGAAAUGUUCUUUUUAAAAAAACCAAAACAAUUAUUUUCAAGAAAUGUUUUCAUAGACUAAGUGUAAGUCUAGGAGACACAACAACAGUCUAUCGGGAAACACCAGGGAUUUUAUCUAGGAUUCCAAAUUGGCAGUCAUAUUAGCAUGAUUAGGAAAAUCAAACAAUAGUUAUCAUUGUUAAUAAAUCUAAGAAUACUACCUCUAUUACAUCAUUGCCAAAUUCCUGUAUUUUGCCUGCAAUCACACUAAACUAAAAUUUCAGAAUUUCAACAGAAGUCCUCUUCACUCUAAAUUAUACAACAAUCAGUUGUUCCUGCAAUAGCACUCAUUUAGACCAUAGUGCUCUUGUGCGUGAAGGCAGGGGGGGAAAACUCACUUCUUACCAAACAUCAAUCAGAAAGAGACAGAUUAUUGAGGAGGUGGGAGGGAGUACUUCUCAUGUAAUAGAGGUAGUAUUCUUAGAAUUAUUAACAAAUAAAAUGUAUUUCUUGAAUUAACACUGAUUUGUUCAAAAUUGGGACUAUUUUCAAGUUAUUUUUUCUUGAUAUUCACAAGUAUUUUAAUACUGCAAGCAAAUCAUUCCUGUACAAUAACAUUAAGGCCCCCUCCUGUCAACAGUGAAAUACAAGUCACCUCGUAAACACAAUACUGUAAAUCUGGAAAGUUUUGAGAGAAGGACAGUGCCACACACACGCAUAGUUUCAUGAUGGAGUUGUUUUUGUAGACUAACAACAAGCAUAGACGUAAGGAGGCAUGUUUCAUUUAUUCACUUCCACACAUUUAAUUGUUUGAUAGGCAUUACUUAGAAGUUGACAGAGGUUAUUGUGGAGACAAUUUAUGUAUAACAACUUUUUAGGUAUAGAUCCUUAUACCAUUGUCAAGCAAGGCUAAACAACUUCCACACAUUGUCAACCAGUCAGUUGCAUGAUUAAAUAUAUAAUCCCUCACUUCUUAGUUCUUUAAUUACACAUUGUCACUCAGUGUAAAGAGACGAAUCAGGAAAGUCCACGAACCUGCCACAUCUCGUUAAGUUGCUAACAUAACACUGAAUAGUCCAGAUAUACGCCAGCCAGUCUAUACUGUUAGAUAAACACACUACUCCAACCUCCCUGUCAACUACAACAACUCAUGCGUUGUUUAUAGUACAUAAACCAAUGACUAACGCAGAGUUCAUCCCCCCCACCUCCGGCAAAAUUCCAACUUCUUCAAACUCUGUAGAUGCAACCCUAAUACUCCCUUGGGCUGCUUCUUUUUUCCGGACAAACCCCUUCUUCCAUUUUGGCAGAACACACUAAAUGGCCUGAUGAGCCCCUGUGCGAAAUAUGCAUGUCGGAAAGCGCACGUAAAAUCUCCAAAUCACCAAAUCACCAUCACCAUCACCAGAGUUACCAUUUCACCACAACGCCAUAUAAAAUCUAUAUUUGAUCUUUGGUAAUCUCAUCCACAGUGUGUCACAAAAUUUUCCAAACGCAGGUAAGGCUUUUUAUUAGCCACUUGCAAUAAUUUCAUGGCCCAAAACUUUCCAGAUUUAGUACAACUGUAUUAAUAUGAAAUGGGAUAUAUUUUCUUCCAAUUUGGGAAUUGUUACUGACAUUUGCUGUGGAUUUGCUAGAUAAACCCUGAACACAUCCACAUGCUCAGUCACGACUUGUGAAAUAAUGGAAAAAUGUCAAUCUCGUUAAAAUCAGAUCUACCACUAAACAAAGAUCUGAAGACAUCCCAUUACGGGUCAUGUCAGAACGAUCUUUCAUCUGACCAAUCAGAGUGUUGAUUACCAGUAUGGGAAAGUGACAGUCGGAAUGUGUUUUCUAAUUACACAACCGCGAAAAGGUUAAUAUGGGGUAUUGCUAACGACUGAUUCUGUCAAAAUCAUUGUCUAUAUUUCGCUUCAGUUUGAUAAACAUUUAAAUCUGAAGAGACUUUCCAUAGCCCGUGAAAAGUACUGCCAUACAAUCGUUGCCAUCUACGAGACAGUUCAGAAUUUUCUUUCAUUCAGUUUUCAAAUUUUGAAUCAAGUUCUUAAAUCGUAGUCUGAAAUGGAAGUUGCCAGUUUAAAACUAGUGCAGAUUUGCUCUAGAAAGCUGACUUAUGUCCAGUUCUUGUUAGUCAUUUCAUUGGUCAGUUAAAAUUUGCAAAAUGUUGUUCUGACGUAGCUAGUAAUGGGAUUAUGGGAUGUCCUCAUGUCGUUGUUUAGCGGUAGCGGUUAUUAAUCAGACUAGGAUAAUCUUUGCUUUAUCUGCCAUUUAGACAGAUUCUAUUAUAGGUUUAAUUCUAAUCACAGGAUGAAAUGUCUUUCUGAAAAGGAUUUUUAUCAAUUAUGAUAAUCAUUGUAUCACUAAGCCUUAUUCAUGUUAUUUGCUGCAGGUCAAUAUAUUAUGUUUUUCAAUGA